AGCCACAGACUGACUGGCUCUGGGCUCCUCAGGAAAGAGUGUGUCCCUCAGAUCAGGAAGUAGAAAUAUGUGGUGCGAUCCGCGAGCGUCCGCCAAACUCAUCCAAACUAAAAGCAUCAGAGGGGCCACGAUUUAGUCCGCGGUUUACACGACAUAUCAUGUAUUCAGCAUGUGACAAACUAAUGGAUGGAGGUCAUGCAAUCUGUUCCUGAAGGGGCAUUUUAUGUAUCUUCGGUCCAUGAAGACGUUUUGUGAAUGCCACGGCAGCUUUGAGCCUGAAAUAUGUCGUCGUACUGGUACGUCAAAGAGACUGCGGAUCCGGGCAGCAGGGCCAGCAGCAUGGAGGAGCAAGCUGGCGUUACAGAGAUGGGAGCCAAGCAGUCGGCGGUUGGCAACGUUUCCUUGAGUCAUUCUCCUACUCUGAAGAACAUCCAAGAGGCCUAUACACAAGCAGAGGACCAGAGGGCACGUGAGCUAAUCCAGCUUUCCUGCGAGAAUAACAGUGGAGGGGGACCGGAUGGGCUGCAGCUGCUGUGUUUGGCGGCUCAGAAUGGUGACGUGGACGGCGUUCGGUUCUUGCUGCAGGAAGCACGAGUUAUGGUUCCACAGGACCCCAACGAAGAAAACCCUGCCGUCCUCGCAGCACAUCACGGACAUCAUGUGCUGGUCCGAGAGCUGCUGGACUCCAUACCACGUCCGUGUGUCCGUAAGGAUCUGCUGAAUUGGAUGUUGGCUGCGGCGUGUCAGCAGGGUCAUCUGGAGGUGGUGAAGCUGCUGGUUCACACGUACAAUGCUGAUGCCGAGGACUGCGCUGUUCAUUCAGGAGAGUUUGCCAUCAUCACUGGCUUGCCCCUGUACGCCGCCGCGCAGGCAGGAAAUAAGGAGAUUGCGUGUUUUUUGCUGAACAAUGGAGCCGGUUUCUCCUCGUACACACUGAUGGAUCACGCAGACUUCAGCAGACAGCUGCUCAGACAGCGCCACCUGCAGGACAGAGAUGUGCCUGCGGACGGGACGCUGCUGCAGGCUGUGCAUGUUGACUGGUCGGGACUGAAGCUGUCCUGGUUGGAUCUGGACUGGUUCAUGGACGUGUCAUCUCGGAUCACGGUUCUGGAUCUGUCUCGUAAUUGUCUGAGCUCGCUGCCGUCUGUGGUGCCCUGGGGUCUGAUUCAUCUGCGCUCGCUCAACCUGUGCCACAAUCAGCUGCGAGAGCUUCCCACCCCGACCUCAUCGCAGGAGAUCAUCUGCAGCCGAUUAUGGCAUGUGGAUGUCUCUGAGAAUGAGCUGGUGUGUCUUCCCCUCGGUCUGCUUCACCUCAGCCAGUUGAAGAGCAUUUCUGCAGCCAGAAACAAACUCAUCAGCCUUUUCAACAUCCCCAACGGCACGAACUGGAUCGGCCUGCGUAAGCUGCAGGAGCUGGAUGUGUCCGACAACGGCCUGACGGAGCUGCCCUCCUCCGUCCUGCACUGUCUGAAGGCCCUCAGCACUUUGAACAUCAGCAGAAACCAGCUCAGCAGCUUCCCUAACCCCUGGGCCUGUCCUCUGAAAAUCUGCAAAGCUUCAAACAACCAGAUUGAGCUUCUUCCUGACACCAUCUCCAUCUUCUGGAAGACUCAUCUGAGGGAGGUGGACAUCUCCGAGAACGUCCUGAAGGAGCUGCCCUCAUAUAUAUUUGAGCUGGAGGCCAUCGUCUCUCUGAAGUUGUGUGGGAACCAAAUCUCCACUCUGCCCGCUCCAAACAAAUGGAAAUGCUCAUGUCUGCGAACUCUAGACCUGUCCAGAAACCAACUGGGGAAGACGGGAGAGCCGACCAAAACCCGGAAGCUGGCCUUCUUCACUACGUGGCACAGACGGGACCCAGAGCCAGUUUGUCCCAUUCAGUUUCCUGUAAUCCUGCGGGAUUCUCUGGAAGUUCUCUUCCUGAAUGACAACCAGCUGGAGUGUGUGCCGCCGUCGGUGUGUGCCCUCAAGAACCUCUCCGAGCUCUAUCUGUCCGGUAAUCCAGGAAUCCAGGAGCUUCCUAUUGAGCUCGGGCAGCUCUCCAACCUCUGGCAGCUGGACAUCGAAGACCUGAACAUCACCAACAUCCCCGCAGACGUCAGGAAAGAUGGUCCGGCUGCGGUUUUGGCAUAUCUUCGAGCAGAGCUGCGAGGAGCAGAGCCCUGCAGACUGCUGAAGCUGAUGGUGGUGGGUCCUCCGCGGCAGGGGAAGAGCGCUCUGCUGGAGGGACUGCAGACGGGCAAACCCUCAUCCUUCAUCAGCACCGACCGCAGCAUCCACACCUCCAGCUGGGAUCUGGAGCGACCCGGAGGAGUGCUGAAGCCUGCUCUUGAUUCGGUGUCCUUUAACGUGUGGGACAUUGGCGGCCCAGCCAGCAUGUCGACGGUGAACCAGUGUUUCUUCACAGAUAAGGCUCUGUAUAUGGUGAUCUGGAAUCUGGCUUUGGGAGAGGAAGCAGUGGCCAACCUGCAGUCCUGGCUGCUCAACAUUGAGGCUCGCGCUCCUAACUCUGCUGUCAUCGUCAUCGGGACACAUCUGGACCUCAUAGACACUAAGUUUCGCACUGAGCGUGUCGCCACACUGAGGGCCUACAUCCUGGCACUUUGCAGAACGCCCUCGGGCGCACGGGCCAGUGGAUACCCCGACAUCACCUGGAAACACCUACAUGAGGUGUCGUGUAAGACGCUGGAAGGCAUGGACGGACUCAAGAGGCUGUUGUUUCAGGUCACUUGCUCCAUGAGGGACGUCAGCAACCCUGCUAGCUGUCACAAACUAGUGGGAAGACUGAUCCCCAAAAGUUACCUGACCCUGCAGGAGGCCAUAAAAGCAGAACGUCUGAGAAGAGACGAAGCCGAUGAGGUUCAGUACCUGACAGACUCAGAACUGGAGCAGAUCAUCGAGCAGAGUCCCGCCAGCGAUAUCAAAGACUAUGAGGAUCUGCAGACCGCGAUCAGUUUCCUCAUUGAGACAGGCACUAUACUGCAUUUCUCCGACACCAGUCAUGGUCUGUGUAAGCUCUACUUCCUGGAUGCCGUGUGGCUGUCCGAGUGUUUGGAGCGGAUCAUCAACCUGAGGGGUUCGCGCUCGGUCGCCCGUAACGGGGUCAUCAAGGCCGAGGACCUGCGCAUGCUGCUGGUGGGCACCGGCUUCACCCAGCAAACAGAAGAACAGUACUUCCAGUUCCUGGCCAAGUUCGAGAUCGCUCUACCAGUCGCCAGCAGCAGUUAUCUGUUGCCCCACCUUUUGCCCCCCAAACCUGCCCUGGACAUCCAUGGCUUUCGGCACCAGAGCAACAACGCCAUCCAGCGGCAUUUCAAGAUGAGCUUCGUUCCUGCGGGAUUCUGGGAGCGUUUUAUAGCCAGGAUGCUAAUCAGUUUAAACCAGAUGGACGUGCAGGCAUUUGAGACCAAAAAACCCACGAAGAACCAGAGGAACCGCAGUACGGUGAUCUACAGCUUUGCGGGGAACCAGCAGCGCAAUCGCUGCAGCACUUUCCGCGUCCGGCGCAGUCAGACCAUCUACUGGAAAGAAGGGCUGCUAGUCACUUUUGACGGCGGAUACCUGAGCAUCGAGUCGUCUGACCUGAAUUGGAAGAAAAAGAAAAGCGGAGGCAUCAAGAUUAUCUGCCAGUCAGAGACGAGGGAUUUCUCAGCAAUGGCUUUCAUCACGGAUCACAUUAACGCUCUCAUAGAGCAGUGGUUUCCUGCGCUGACGGGCAGUGAGAGCGACGGCUCUCGUCUCAUUGAGCAGUAUGCGCCCUGUCCGUACUGCAGCUCUGGACCCCGGCUGUCCGACCCGCUGCCUCUUUCCAGCCCCAGCCAAAGCACUGUCCACUACUUCAACAUGGAGGACUGCGUGCUGGCAGCCGUGGACAAGGAGCACAUCAGCUGCCCCAACCACCCCAAACAGCUCGUCCCACUACAGGAGCUGGUGCCCGAGCUCUUCAUGACCGACUUCCCUUCACGUUUGUUCCUGUUGAAGAGUGACCUGCAGUGGAGUGAAGAUGCAGCAGAUAUCCUGGGACAGGGUGGCAGCGGCACCAUCAUCUACAGAGCCAAAUACAGAGACCAUCCGGUGGCCAUUAAACGCUUCCAUUUCAAGAAAUGCAAACAGCAGUCACUCAACAGCAGCACAGACACCAUGAUGAAGCACCUGCAGUCGAUGGACGCAGCCCGCAGCUUCUCAGAGUUUCGUCAGGAGGCCAGCAUGCUCCACUCCCUGCAGCACCCAUGUAUCGUGGCUCUGGUGGGCAUCAGCAUCCACCCGCUCUGCUUCGCCCUGCAGCUGGCGCCGCUGGGCAGCCUCAACACCAUCCUGGAGGAGCGAGCCAAAGGUUCUCAGUUUGUGCCGCUGGGUCACAUGCUCACCUUCAAAGUGGCCUAUCAGAUCGUGACAGGCCUGGCGUAUCUGCACAAGAAGAACAUCAUCUUCUGUGACCUCAAGUCUGACAACAUCCUGGUGUGGUCUCUGGAGCUGGAGGAGUCGGUGAACGUCAAGCUGUCCGACUACGGCAUCUCGCGCCAGUCCUUCCAUGAGGGAGCGCUGGGGGUCGAGGGCACACCCGGGUACCAGGCUCCCGAGAUCCGGCCUGGCAUCGUCUAUGAUGAGAAGGUGGACAUGUUCUCGUACGGCAUGGUCCUGUAUGAGCUGCUGUCAGGCCGCAGACCGUGCAUGGGUCAGCACCAGCUGCAGAUCGCUAAGAAGCUUUCGAAGGGGCUCAGACCAGCGCUGGGCAGCCCAGAGGAGGUGCAGUUUCACUGUCUGCAGGCGCUGAUGCAGGAGUGCUGGGACACCAAACCAGAGAAGGUACCGUUGGCUGGUCAUUUCUUUAGUGGGAUGGAUGAUGCCAGUUUUGCUUGUCUCAGGUACCUGCUGCCCUGCCAGGAACACAGUCAGCUCUUCUUGUCCCCGCUGCAGGGACACAACGCCGUCUUCUGGGAUGGAGACAAAGACGACAGGAAUUACACAGUGGUAAACUUGGCCAAAGGGCAGAUAGAGGUGAAGCGGAUGCUGUGUCCGGGAACACGUCUGAGCUGCCAAAUGAAGAUGGAGAACAGUUUGUGGACCGCCACUGAGGAACAGGAAGUCUUUAUCUACAGCCUGAAAGAGAUGUGUCCCUUGAGUCACCCGCAGAAACUGCUGUCCUGUCCUGCUGUGGUAACCUGUCUCUUUUUACUGCCCGCCAGGAAAGAGUCUCUCCCACAGGUGUUUACUGGCAUGUCUGAUGGUCUCGUGGUGGUUUACUCUCUGGUGGACGACAUGCCCGUGGAGGGAGAGACUUACAUCUGCUCCCACACCAUCAACAAGCAUAUGCUGAACAUGGAGGACUCGGACCCUCGGCAGCGACCGUACGCUGUGCGCAGCAUCGUGCCAGUGUGCACCGGGUCAGAGGUGUGGUACACCAACGGUCCCGGCGUGCUGGUCAUCGACAGCCUGACGCUCCAGCCCAUCCGCCGCCUCGAGCCUUAUCUACCGCCAUCCUGCGUGGUGUCCAUGGUCUCGUCUGUCAGCUGCUGGAGCGAUGAGGCCGUCUGGUGUCUGGACGAUCACACCAACACGCUCCUCAUGUAUCACGCCACCAGCUACCAGAUCUGUGCUACGUACAACUGCAGCGACGCCAACCCGCUGCGGGAUGUGUUCCCCGUGCAGAGGCCGGCCGGGGUCGUGACCCCUGUGACUCCUGAUCCUGAUGUUGAUGAAGAGUCUCUUUCGGCCGCCCUGGAGCCGCUGAAGGUAACGGUCACACACCGUGAGGACGCAGGAACGCAGAUCCUGUGCCAGCAGGACUCUCUGGAUUACUGCUCCAUGACGUCCUCCGGAUUCAGCUCGGAGCAGCUGGAUCAGAUCGGCCAUAUCCCUCACGUGGAACGCUCCAGUUCGGGAGCCCUCAGCUCUCUGACCAGCUCCAGCAGCAUGCUUUUAUCCACGGACUUCGAGCCGGUUUCACCGGAAGCAUUUCCAUCCAGGAGCGCAACAGAUCCAGAACUAGCGGCUCAAAGCCACACAUCAACGCAGCUGAAGGCCUUGAACAUCAUUCCUGUCAACAGCACCAUCUGGGUGCCCAGGCGUGGAGGGGACAUCAUGGUGAUCGAGGUGCAGGAGCAGGCGGGUGCGCUCAGGGGUCGUGUGAUCGCUGUGCUGACGCCGCCUGGAGUGUCCGAGUACGGGACUCUGACGGAGGCGGCGCUCGUCGCAAAGGACACCGUUGUGUGCGGCUUCCGUAAAGAAAACAUGGCCUGGUGCCUGGCUGUCUGGAGGAGCUGGGGAGGCCGCGAGCUCGAGCUCUUCUACCAGGGAUACGAGGAGCUCGGCCGCUUGGAGAGCAGUCUGAGGAAAAGGAGGUAGCUGUGUAAACGUGUGUGUGUGUGUGUGUGUGUGUGAGACGGAGAACACAGAUACAGGUGUUGAGCGUGGUUGCGGGACCAACUGGAGGGAAUACACACACACACACACACACACACACACACUGUAUAUGGACUUGAGGAAAUAUAAUCCUGCAGGACUUGGCCACAUACACAUUUCAUAUAUAUGUAUAUAAAUAUAUAUAAACACAAGCAGAUUGAAUGCCACACAUGCUGGAUGCAUAAACAUAUAUAUUUAGCCUCAAGCGUUUGGAAGUGCACUGAUAUAGGAGUGCAUUUACAUUUGUGUAUCCAGAAUGCAUUAGAAUUCAGGAAACUAAGGGGUUUUGCAUUCAUGAACCUGUGUGUGUGUGUGUUUGUGUGUUUAAAUGGCAAGAAAGAGAUGUAUGAGGUGUGAUGCUGGUUACUUGACUUGAUCAACUUUGUCUCAAGUUACCCAGCAAACUAGAUGUGCCUUUGAAUGAAGGAUGUGCUGUUUUAGAAGUGACCCACAAUAAGACGAGGAUCAAUGAAAUAGCUUGGGAAGCUCCACCCACACAGUGAGGUCAUAAUGGAGUGGAACAGAUCUGGAAGUAUUUAGUUCCGGAAGUAUUUUUCCCAUUCAUUUUUGUCCCAUAGGGAUUUUAAAAAGCCUUUGAAGCAAAAUAGUAAUAAAAUCAAAAACAAAAUAGAAACAUUUGUUUUUCUACAUUUCAAGUAAAUUUUUUUUUUUAACAAUGCCUGGGAAUGUGAUUAUGAUUUAGCAUAAUUAACAAAUAGCGGAGACUGCGGUGUAAUAAUAUAAAUAUGUAAUUUUGCUAUAAAAUGGUAUAUAAAUCUGCGGUCUUCCGCCAAAAUAAAAGCAAGUGAUCUUAAAAAGCAAAGAAAAAAUAACAACUUUUUUAUAUAAAAUCUUUACCUUUUUUGUUUUACAUUUUUAAAGUUAUUAUUAUAGAAAUGUAUUAUGAAAUUCUUUGUUCUUCACUUUCUUAAUGAAAUAAUGCACAUAGUUUCAUAAUAUUUAUGGCUGGUAAAAUUUCUCAUGUCAUAGCCCAUAAGCUAGUUAUUAAAAGUGUUAGUUUAAUAAAACAUGUAUAGAUAAGCAAUAUAUUUUUAAUAUAUGGGUAUGAAAAUAGCAAGUUUGCUUGAUGCCAUUCUCUGUAGAGUUAUGGGUAAUGUAGUUUUUCACCAGGAAUUCUGCUGUUAAACAUGAUCAUUUCAAAAAGAAGUUGGAAUUAUGCUUCAGAUAAACAUACAGCAUCAAUUAACAACCUUGUAGAUUUACAGUAGAUCUGUCUUUAAAGGUUUAUAAGUUAUGAUUAAAAAUCAGUUCCCUAUGGAGAAAGUGAAUGGGAUCUUUACGGCUAUUGCACUCUAUAGAGCACAUGCUGAUGUUUACUGUGAAUCUAGUGGAAUACUAGCAUACUCAAUACUUCCAGCAGCAGUAUGCUACCUUUAUCUUUGCAUGUUUAAUUCAGUGUGUGGCAUCUGUCAGUCUUUGAAAAAUAUGAUUGUUUUACAUAAGUCCAUGUAUUGUUUGAAAUGUCUUUGCGUUUAGCAGUCUGAUCACAUAAUAAGUCAAGAUGAUGAUUUAAAAAAUCGCACUGGAAUUGAAAGGUUAAGUCGAUGCAUUGCAUUGUGGGAUGCAGCGUUGUACACAGCGUUAUGCUGCUCAUUUUGGGAAGGUUAUACUGUGUCUAUAUAAUGCAGAAGUAUGCUAGUAUGCUGCUGGAGUGAUGGGAAUCUGAUGCAGACGGUUUGAUCUGAUUGUGUAGUGUUGACAUUUUCUGUUGUAAAUAAUAUCCAAGCGUUUAAUCUCUAUGCAAUGAAUGUUAUUUAUUAUAGACUGUUUAAAUCUCAUGCUGCAUGUGUAAAAAGUUGUAACUGAAUUGUAAAUAUGCUGAACAGAACAUGAUAAAUAAAUCAAAUGCAUUUUUUAUUGAA